AUGGUACCCCCUCUGCCUCGCCCUCCUCACGAAGGCGAAGCGGUGCCUAUUUCGCUGAACCUCAAUUUGAUCUUGGUCCGGCAUCUGGCGCCGAAGGCUCUCUGGAAGUCUGGCGCUCAAGCCGUCAUGAUACAUAUAAUCGAUAUCGGCAGCGGUGGUAUUGGUGGGGGCGAUAGGUGGGGGGACUUGGAAGCUCUCGACCUGGGUACGAAGGUCAGAGCCAGAGGCUGGGCUGGCAGCGGCUGUGGGAGAGGCCCCGGUGGGGAUAUUGGUGAUUGGCAUGGGGUAGGUACCUCGUGUGGAGUUGACUCAAUACGGGUCGCGGGUGAGGCGGUUGGGUGGAUCUGUGGUUUCAAUACCACCGAGGUCUUCAGGUGAUGCCUAGGUUGAGCCUAAAACGAAUUGUCAACUAUGAGUUUUAUGAGAGGCUGAUAUAGGGGUUGUUGAUGAUAGAUAGAUACAGACAGAAAUUCGCAGAGAGGGAAAUAUGACCAACAAGACCUCUAGGGUUUUCCGCCAUUCUAUUAAUCAUGGCGUCGGCGGCACUCCCCAACCCAUCCCCCAGGGCAAUGGAAAGGCGAAAAAGAGGGGUAGCUCCGACGCGCUCAUCUCUGUUAGCAGAUCUUUCGAUCCCCCUCCGGCUACCGCUUCUACCUAUUGCGCGGUAGAGGUCUUCAGGGUCCUCAUCAUCGAAAGUUUGCUCCAUCAUGUGGAUGACGACAGGACAGUUGAGCUGACUGGCGUGUACCCCCAGCUUCCUGCAGUAGCAGCAGGAUCCUGCGGCACACCGGAUGCAGCUACCCACACCCUGCGAGUCGAUACGAGCUUGCCGGAUAAAGGACCUGCAUUCGUAGAUUGGGCAGUAAAGUGGACGCUCAUGGGAGAGCCCUUCGUGAUCUGA